AUGCAAGGGCAAGUGGUGCGCCGGGCACAUGAACGGGGGCACUUUGGUGUAAGUAAAACGGAGGCCAUCGUUCGAAGAGACUAUUGGUGCAAGGGUUUACGGCAGAAACACACUGACCACUCUGGUGGCUCCACCUCCGCGAGGUCGGAGGCGGUAACGUGGCAGGUAGGCGCUCAGCCUAAUACCGUCGCGGCAAAGAGAGCCAAUCCAUACGUGGGUAUACAGUCAUCUCGAAUCCAAACCAAAAUGAGCGACACGUCAAAGGGAUCCAAUCCCGACAGCCUCGAAACCCCCCCCCGGACUACAGCGAAGUCAAUCACCCAAACCCAACUUACCCCCCAGGCUAUAGCGAAGCCAAUAAUCACCCCCGAGGAAGUCCAAGAGGCUUUUGAUUGUAUCAGAAACCACUGGGAGACAGAGAGCAGGGAUUCCAAGCUCAAAAGAAAUUCCUUGCUGUCCUGUCUGGACCUGAUUCAAAAUUCCUACCAAGACCUAUUACAAAAGCCCAGCCAAACUGUCCCAAUGGAUGUGCUAGAGGAGAUGCUCGACGCUAAGUUAAGCGGAUUGAGCCAAUGCCAUGCAAUUUCAAAUGAUACCACCUACGCUGCAAAGGCAGCCAUUCGGACAACAGUUAAGCUCCCAACGGGCAAAUCCGUACCAACCAAGAAUACCUCAGUCGUCCUGGUCUACCCAGACGCUGAUAACGAGCACACAAAGAGUUUCACCUCCGAUCAAACAAGAACUGCUUUAACAACCAUACUAAGACCUAGACAAACAGGCUGCAAGAUCGACAAAGUAAACAAACUACCGGCGGGUGGACUCCGACUGGAGUCCAGCAAAUCCGACUUAAGUGCCCUAAUCACACAGGCUCUAAAAGAGAAAGGCUUGGUACUAAAGGUACCUACCAAACGGCCGCCAAGACUUGCCAUUUACCAUGUACCGGCUUUACUCGAAGCUGACGAGAUAGAAGAGGCGAUCAUCGCCCAAAAUUCGGACGGGCUAACAAAUGACCAGAAGGACAUUCUAAGGGACGGAGUUCUUGUAAAGUUUAAGUUUGGGCCAAGGGAUUCCAGCACAGUCCACUGGAUAGUACAAACAACUCCCAAAGCUCGAAAACUCAUACUUAAUAACGACCACCUCUACAUUGGCAUGAGCAAAUGUAGAGUUUCAGACCACAUAAGAGUGACCAGGUGUCACAACUGCCAGCAAUAUGGGCAUAUGUCCUCUUCAUGCAGAGCCAAAGCACCAGCUUGUGCUCACUGUGCUAAGCAACACAACACCGACAAAUUUCAAGUAGGAGAUAUUAUACGGUUUCCAUUUCCUGAAUAUGACUUUUACAACGAUCUGGAAGAAACUAAUUGGUCGGACUUGCCUACAGCUCUAAAUAAUAAUGGAAUUGCAAAUGAGGCUAGUAACAGUUCAGUUCCCAUCAACGAAAAUGUUCCUGAUGUUCCAAUUGUAGACGAUAUCACAAUUCAAGUUGGAGAUAUUAUACAGUUUCCAUUUCCUGAAUAUGACUUUUACAACGAUCUGGAAGAAACUAAUUGGUCGGACUUGCCUACAGCUCUAAAUAAUAAUGGAAUUGCAAAUGAGGCUAGUAACAGUUCAGUUCCCAUCAACGAAAAUGUUCCUGAUGUUCCAAUUGUAGACGAUAUCACAAGUAUAUUAAAUGAAGACCAACCAGAACCAAAUGAGAAUACGGAAAAUCCAAAUGCUAGUUUUUUAAGUUCGGAAACGGCAACAGAAACAUCAGUGUCAAAUAAAGCAGUUCGCUUGCAAAUUUCUGAGAAAGUAGAAGUUGCAGACAAGACAAUAGACAAAACCAAAGAAAUUAAUCUAAGUGAAACUAACUGUGAUACGUAUUUAGAUUUUAAAUACGACAAGAAACAAGAUAAAAACGAGAGAAAAGACUGUGAUAAAACGGCUGUGUUACAAACCGAUACUUGUAACGAAAAACAUAUUACAGAUCGUCGCAACAACGCGGGCGAUCUUGGUGAUCAAGGCUUGGUAGUAAUAAUAAUUAGGUAUUAUUUAGUAAAGACCCGCUCUCCGGAAAACUUUCAAGGUCAAUAG